AUGGAAACCAGGAAGGGCUCAAAAACAUUAAAAUCAACCCCUGUUCUCGAUCCGGCAAGUGGCAGCCUGGCAGGCAACGAAGAUAACAUCGGAACACAGCUAGCUCUGAUCGUCAUCAUUGUCAUGACUAUCAGAGCCACCUAUGCUCUGCUGUUCUUUUCCCCGAUAGUCACAACAGUGGAAGAGGACGACCCAAAGAAAAACCUCCAUCAAUGGCUGCACCCUCACUCAAGUGACUCGGUUUAUUAA